AUGUUGAAAAACUCUCUAUUUUUAAUUAAUCCUCAUCUGCUACGUUGCAAUGGUCGCUCUUUGACGAGAAUGAGCUCCAUCCGUUUUGGGUCAAGUGCUGUAAUCACUGCAAAACCUCAAGAUAUUGAAUUGAAUAAUGGAAGACAAACUGUUAAAGCUCCAAAUUCAAGAAAGACAUUUUUGAUAGACUCGUAUAAACAUAUGAUGGAGACUCAUCCGGUCGUGAUCUUCCUACAUUAUAAUAAUUUGAUCAAAUCCGAAGAUCAUUAUUUUAGAGAUCAAAUUAAAACUACUAAUGGAACAUUACAUAAAAUUCGUAAUAAUUUAUUCAAAGUUUAUUUGAAAAAUUCUAGUCAAAUAGAUCCAUGUGCUCCAAUAGAUAGUAAAGAUGAAACGUUGAUUAAAAACCAUCCUUUGCAUCCAUUAUUUUCAGGUCCUACGGCUGCAAUCACUUAUAAAGAUAUUAAUCCAACAGAUAUUGCUAAAUUAAUUAAAGUAUUGAAUUUAGCAAAGGAUAAAUUGUUCGUUAUUGGUGCAAAGAUCGAUGCUGAAGUUAUGGAUCCUUUCCAAUUAGGUACAUUCAGUAAACUACCUUCAUUACCGCAAUUACAAGCUACAUUAGUAUCUAUGUUACAAAUGUCUGGUGGUGGUGGUUUAGUACAAACAUUAGAAUCGUCAACUCAAAAAUUGUAUUUAACUUUGAAAUCGCAUGAGGAUAAUAUUAAGGAACCAAAAGAAUAA